CCAUUCCCUCUCCGCCGCCAAAUGACGCACCGGGGGACUCUCCAGUAAAGCGGAUUAAGGAGACGAAAUCUGUCCCGUCAGCGGAUUUGAACUGCACGAGGACUCAGAUUUCCACAGGGAAAAUAUAGUUUAUUUAUAUGUUUAUUAUUCGAAUUUGGCGUUAAGAAACUCCGAACUCUGUAACCCGUCACGUCACCAUGGGUAUCUCAGAAGUACUUAACAAACUUCGAGAUCGCGCAGAUAAAUUUCUAAAUGAGAAAAACAUGGUGACAGAUUUCCUUGGAAAACUGGAGGAGAAAACGGGAAUCAAGAAAAAAAUUAUUGCCGUAGGUGCAGUGUCUCUGACGGGACUGUAUUUGGUGUACGGCUAUGGCGCCUCCCUCCUCUGUAACAUGAUUGGAUUUGUGUAUCCUGCAUAUUACUCAAUCAAAGCCAUCGAGAGCACAAACAAAGAAGAUGACACAAAAUGGCUGACCUAUUGGGUAGUCUACGGAAUCUUCAGUUUGGCAGAAUUCUUCUCUGACAUCUUCCUCUACUGGUUUCCUUUCUACUAUGCUUUCAAGUGCCUGUUCUUGUUGUGGUGCAUGGCCCCCAUCACAUGGAACGGCUCUCAGAUUCUGUACAACCGGGUGGUGCGGCCCUUCUUCCUCAAGCACGAGGCCACCGUGGACAGCAUGGUCAAUGACCUCAGCGGGAAGGCAAUGAACGCAGCCGAGUCCGUCACCAGAGAAGUCCUUCAAUCACUGGUGAAAAACAAGUCUAUAGUGCCACAAGCAUCAGGGGCCAAAGGCUUACCCAGCGCAUCAGGGGCCAAAGGCUUACCCAGCACAUCAGAUGCAUCAGGGGCCAAAGGCUUACUCAGCACAUCAGAAUCAGCUAAGAUGAUCAAUGAGUUGAUCUACACUGAACCCACUGUAGACUAAUGACCAACAGGUAGAGGCAUCCAACCAAGACAAGUCUCAGUGAUGGUACUACUGAUGACAGCAAACCAAACCAUGCCAGAUUCACAAGAAAGACUUCGGGUUUCCAUGUUGACUUGCAAACUGCUGAACCACUAAUACUUAUGAUUGGAAAACAAUGACACAAGUCUGACAGAGAUUGGGAUACCAUUACACAGACAGAUAACGGGACAGGAAAAAAACAUAACCAAGGUAAAAUUCUGCUUUAUAUCGACCAAAACCAUUGCAACUGAAAAACACUUCACAUCCGCAAGGUUGUGGGUGGUUAGUUGAAUGGUAUGCAAUGUCUGAUAUUUUGACCUUCUCAUCACCUGAUUAGAGUAACUGAAUUUAACUGAUCUUUGGUUUACAAUCAAUGCCGUGUCCUUGUCCGCAGGAGUGUGUGGGCUCAAUGCUUCAACAAUAGCCCACAGUGUUCUGGUCUUGGACUUCAUUGCUUUAGUUUUCACCGUUGUUCUUUGUUUCUUUUUGGACAUGUUUUUCUCUCUUUGUGUCUUGUAACAGUUUUGUAUAGUCGGAUCUAGGCCAUAUGAAAAUGAAAUUGACACAUACCUCUACUGUAAGUUAGAAAUACAUUGGGUCUUAGAAUCCUAGUGAUAUUGUCCAAUGGUAAAUACUAGUACUGUGUAUUUAACCAAUCAUUUAAGUUGAAGGAGAAAGGGUAAUAAAUGGUACGUCAUGAGUUAUGCAAUUAAGUUAUUUCAAAAACAUUCCUUUAUUCCUUUUAUUAUACAUGUACAUAUGUUGUACUCUCAAAAGGACGUAAAGUAAGUUGUACCUUGUGUAUCAAUAAAAGUGUCCUCUUCUUA